AUGACCGUGUAGGACAGGGCUCUCUCUCUCUCUCUCUCUCUCUCUCUCCUUCACUGGUGUAUACACGGUACGGGGAAUAAAACCGACACCGAGUAGUUUAAUCCUAGGAAACACCAGUCUCCGUUUAUCACUUAAGUGUACUGAUAACAGCCUUGCACGAGAGCAUCUCUGCUUUGGUGAAGGAAAGGACACAGAUAGAGGACACCGCGCGCGACAUCCUUAAAAAAGGAGCAUUUCGGGUUAUCGUUUUUUUUCUACUCUCUAAUUCCAGCACGUUUCGUAUUCUUAUCUACGUGCAGUAAUAAAAGUGCUUAGAAUUUGUUUUAUUUUUUUUUUUCAUUUAUAAAGAGAUCCGGAAAAUCCGGUGGCCUACGUCACCGACGUAACCUCUCGCGUUACGUAACACCGAGGAGCGCAACCGUGCGCCAAAUCCCUCAUGUCAAGACGCACACCUAUGAAGCACUGUGUUCGUUACAGGAUCUGAAGAAGAAGCGCAUAUCUAGUCUUGUAAUAUCUGCUGCAUUUGUUCACCUUUAUAUAGGCUGUUUAUUUUGCGUCUAGUUUUUUUUUUGUCGGCCAACAGCCUAUGUUCUUGCUCCGCCGGUUCAUUCCUUAGUGCGAAACGGAUUGGUGAGGAAAAAAAACAAAAAAACAUGUCGGGCCAGACGCUGACGGAUCGCAUCGCCGCCGCGCAGUACCAGCUCACCGGCUCGGACGUGGCUCGGGCUGUGUGUAAAGCAACCACGCACGAGGUGAUGGCGCCUAAGAAGAAACACCUGGACUAUCUGAUCUCGGCCACCAACGAGACCAAUGUGAACAUCCCACAGAUGGCUGACACUUUGUUCGAGAGGGCCAUGAAUGCCAGCUGGGUGGUCGUCUUCAAAGCGCUCGUCACCACACACCACAUGUGUAUUCAUGGCAAUGAGAGGUUUAUCCAGUACCUGGCCUCCAGGAACUCGCUGUUCAACCUCAGCAAUUUCAUCGACAAAACCGGGACUCAUGGCUACGACAUGUCCACGUUUAUCAGACGAUACGCACGCUACCUCAACGAGAAAGCGUACGCUUACCGCGCAAUGGCCUUCGAUUUCACUCGAGUCAAGAAAGGUGCUGAUGGAGUAAUGAGGACUAUGGCUCCUGAGAAACUGCUAAAGGCUAUGCCGGCUCUGCAGACUCAAGUGGACACACUACUGGAAUUCGAUGUUCAUCCCAAAGACUUGAACAAUGGCAUCAUCAACGCAGCUUUCAUGCUUCUCUUCAAGGACCUGAUUAAACUCUUUGCCUCCUACAAUGAUGGAAUCAUCAAUUUAUUAGAGAAAUAUUUCAAAAUGAAGAAAUCAGACUGCAAAGAGUCGCUGGAGAUCUACAAGAAGUUUCUGACCCGAGUAACUAAGAUUUCAGAGUUUAUGAAAAUCGCAGAGCAAGUUGGUGUGGAUAAAAAUGACAUUCCUGACAUAUCUUAUGCCCCCAGCAGUAUUCUGGAAUCUCUGGAGACACACAUGAACAGUCUAGAGGGGAAGAAAGGAGAGGGGUCUCCAACAAAGGGAUCACCCACCAACAACGUCUCUCCGACCUCCACUCCUUCCAAAACUGCAGCCUCGGUGCCCACCCUGGAGCCGCCGCCCACCGAGGCUGCGGCUGCGGCUGCUGCGGCCGAGCCUGCCACUGAUUCUCUGCUGGAUUUGGAUCCGUUGUCUUCUUCAGGGCCACCGGCUUCAACUGCUCCAACAUCCUGGGGAGAUCUUUUGGGGUCAGAAUUCGGUUCCCUCACUACGGAGACUCUCCUCCCUGACCCCACCCCUGCCGUAGACUCUACCUCUCCUGCGACAGCUGUAUCUAGUGCCCCAGCUGGUGAAGGUGCUGCUUCUGUAGCCCCUCCCUCUACCACCACUGGCCCGACCCCGAGCUCGGCGGAUCUCCUAGGAGAUGCGUUUGGAAGCCCUGCAGCUGAACCAGCUCCUGCUGUGGAGACGGGGGGUUCAGCCACUGCGAGCGCUCCUGCCACUGACGCUUCUGCUGCAAAUGGUUUUUUUGAUUCCAUUCCUGAACCAGCGGCUUCCAAAUCAGAUCGUGCUCCCAGUCUAGACCUGUUUUCAUCAGAUGUGUUCAGCCCUCCUCCCGCUGCACUCUCGGCCCCUGUGAGCUGGCUGGACAGUGGCGCAGCUCGGGAUUUGGUCGGGGACUCCGCAGGUGGAGGCAACAGCCAACCUGCAGCUCCAGCACCGGCAACAUCUGCAGGAGGAGAUCUAAUGGGAGCAUUCGGUGGCUUGGGGGAUAUGCUCAUGCCAGCUAUGGCCCCUCAGCCAGCUGCAGCAGCUCCCAUGGCAGCCUCACCAGUUAAACCAGUGGGAGGGGAUCUGGACUCUACUAUGGCCAGUUUAGCUGGAAACCUGGGAAUGGGGACUCAGAAACCGGGUGAAGCAGCAGGAGGGGCAAACUGGCAAGCGCAGGUAGCAGCCCCUAGCUGGGGCAUGCCCAUGCCUGUGCCCUCCAUGGUCUCUCCUCUCAUGGGGUCCCAGUUGUCUUUUGGCAUGCCCGGUGCGACAGGUGCGGCUCCCAUGAUGUUCCCCCAGCAGCCUAUGAUGAGACCACAGUUUCCUGCUGCAGGAGCAGCUGCUGCACCGAUGUCUGGAAUGACCCAGAGCCCCAGAAAGCCUCCUCCUCCCAAAGAUCCCCUUGCCGACCUGAACAUCAAGGACUUCCUAUAGGUCACCAUCAGCAAGUCAUCGACUCCGACACCCUGAGGAAAUGGAUGUGUGCAUUUCUUUUCAGAUCAGUAUCCUCAGGCUCUCCUUCCGUCCCUCCCUCUCUCUUUCUGUCUAAUGUUGUAUUACAACCUGUGAAAGUGAUAAUGUAUAUGUGUGUGUGCGUAUUUUAAUGUUUCCAGGCUAUAUUUAAAAAGACAACCCGUUUAAAAAAACAAAAACAAAAGGUAUUGAUGGAUGCAUCCUUCCUUGUACAUCCACAAUAGCGGAUGUGUAUUCCUUUUUUUCCCCUCCUGCCUUGUUUUUUUUUUCUCCUGUAAGGAACCCAAUCAGCUGUGUAAUGUUUUCUGUGGAGAAAAAUAACGUGUUUGGUGUGGUACAUAUCACUGGGCUCACUGGAUCCAUUGUUGUCAUUGAAGUAUUUAGUUGUCUAGCUUUUAGCCAUACAGCUUCUGGGACCACAGGAAUGAACAUAGCAUUAACGGACGUAUUAAGGUUUGUGUAGCAUCUCCGUUCUGUUUUGACCUGCUUUUCUUCCUCUUCUCUCAGUGACUCGUGACUCGCAAACAUCGGACAAGGCCUAUUAACAAACAAUAUGCAUUUGGAAUAUUUUAUCUUUAGUCUUUAUUUUGAGAUAAAAGAAUCUAUUUUAGUUAUGGUGAAAGUACUUUAUGUAUUAAAUGAGGUGGUACAAAAGAUUUCCGGUUGUACAAAUCCAUGUAUUCCUGCCACCUGAAUGCAAUCUAGCUCUGUUUAAUAGCACCUUGUAGUGAAUCGUGGUAGAGCACAACAGUUCCUUGGAUCUAAAACCUUAGCAAGAUGGUAAGAUAUUUACAGAUUACAUUUACGAAACCGCCACACACUCGGUUUUACUACCGGUCCAUACUAAGGAUUAAACUGGCUUCAUGGUGUUUUGAUCCAUUGCAGUAAGGAAAUGUGGAGGAAAAAAAACCCCUGGUUGGUAGAAGGUUAUAUUAACAGUGGAUGUGCUGGUUAGUUUUGUUUUUCUUUUUUUGGUGGAUUUGAAUUUGGAUGUAAUAAACCCCCCUCUCUGUCCCAAUACUCUUCUGUGCAUGUAAGUCCUGUUGAAAUGCAAUAAACAGUUACCUGGAAAACA